CGGCUGCAGAUGAAGAGGGUGAGUUUUGAGAGGAACUGUUCUGGGGAGUGUGGAGAGGAGUUAGACCGCUAAUAGGAUUUUUCAACCGGAUAGCCAGGGUGGUGCUGCCUUCUAACUGUUGUUCACUUCCCUGCCGGUAGUCGAACAGCGAUACAGUUGAGUGCAGUUGAGUCUGAUGCCGAGGAAAGAGCUUAGGAGUGUUGUCAAUAACCAUACUCACUCACACCGCGUGGUCGGAGGACUGACUAACUUUCUGAAGAGUCAUGCCUGUCACUGAAGUUUCGCAGUUCCCCGACUGAGUCUGAAGAUGGAUCUUGGAUGUAGGACCGAUUCUGAACUUAUGAAGAGACUCAAUUCAAUAUUGCUGACGCACACACUCUCUAUAAUACGACUCUCAGUUACCAGAUUUAUAGAUUUUUCGUAUUAAUAACUUCUGUUUAAAAAGAAAUUUGCUUUUCAUAGAGAAUUCGUAUAAAACGAAUAAGGUCGAACUGUUUUGUUCUCUUUUUGAUGGAAAUUGCAAAAAACUCUUAAAUUUAUAAUAAGAUUUUAAUCAAGAGUACCUACAGAGAUUUUAUUUAAUAGUUACUGAAUGACUUGUAAGACAUUUCAUUUUCACAAAUGAGUUGGAAUUCCUUAGGGUAAAAGCGACAUUUAUCUUCCAAAUCUUACAGAAGAAUCUGGCGAUUACUUUUAGCUCUAAAAUGAGCAGUCACAGUGACAGAUAUCGUUCAAGAGCUGGUCUCUUUCCUCAAGGUCUUAAAUUUCCCGGUUUUCAGGGCCUUUGCAUGGGAGGCUUGGACAGUUCCGCAUACCUGUCGAAUGCCAUGGGCAGCCCAGCAGUCAUGGUCCUCAGCUCUACGUGCGGAGAUGUCACUCCCCACGCGCAGAGCCACGUAACUUUCGCCGCUCGGCAUCAGCAGGGGCGGCUAGACGGAGGAAAGGAGGGCGGCGGCGGAGUCUCUUCGGCGGCUGUACCUUUUCCCAGCCCCACGUUUCCCGUAAGACCCCUGUUCGGACAAGGGGAUCCCUACACAUCCUUGUCUUCUCCCUUGUUAUCCCUUCACCACCCUCUUCUCGCUAGCCAUGCUCUGGGGCGCAGUUAUCUGAACGCUGCCGGGGCUUUUCGACCUUUAGGUUUAACUGAUGAUCGCAAUGGGGCAUUUCACGGCUCCGCUUUCAUGCCUGCAAAAUGUAUGAAAUUAGAUGGCUCUGGGAAUGGAAAUGACCUCGGAGGACCACAACCUCUUCUCUUAGGGCCCUGUUACCAAGGCAGUGGAGGAGGCAGCGAAUCCAGUUUUCAUCAGAGUCCGGCAAAUUCGACGGGGUCGUCUUUAGGACAUGGUGGUCCAAGUGUCGGAAGUUUUCUGGAUGGAAAAGACGAUCGAGGUGACAGCGACUCGAUGGCCGAUGGCCAGGACAGGUUAUCAGAAACUCCGAACUUAUCCGAAGAAUCCCGAUCGAUCGAAAGAUCUACACCAGAAGACAGGGGAACACCAAAACGCCACAAGAAGUACUUUCUCGAUGGACAGACACCAUAUUGUCCUAUCUGCGGGACUUCUCUGCAAUUGUCAGAACUCUCAGCUCACUUCGAGAUGGAGGUGGAGAGGCUACUUGAAAUGAGCAAAUGCAUCAGUCAGCAACUAGAAGUCUCAUCUCUGCAUUCACCCUUUUCUUCUCCUCUAUGCAUGGUAAGGAAAGAUGACAAAGGAAAACCCGAAUCCAGGUGGGAGACAUAUCAAAGGGUCAAAGGCAAUCGCACAAACAGGCUGACAUCUCGAUGCGUCAUAAAAAGGAAGAAAUGGGAUGACCCGAGCUGCCCAGAUCGCUCGCAAGAAGAAACAAUGCAUCUUUUACCUCCUGGUCUCAGAAAGAGAGAAAGCCAGGAACUUGAACCAGAAACCUCUAUAGACAGUCGGACGGCGGCUGAUUUUAACUGGGCUGUCACAGCUAGACUUCACGCUAUUGCGACACUGCAAAGGGCGCUUCCUGAAUAUGCUGCAAGAAAAUUUGAAGUUGCAGAGGACGAAAAUCAAGAACUCAACGUUGACGGAGAUGACAGUGCAACGUAUGGGCAACCUCAUUAUACGGAAGCUGAUGUGAUAACGUGCUCUACGGAGGACAACGCUGACAGUAAAGAUCAAAUAAGAAGAAUACAGGCUAAUGAAUCGAAUUAUCAGAGGCAUUCUGAAUCAUCUCAAUGGACAGUUAAUGGAGGAAACAAUAACGGAGAAGGGCAAGAAGUCACAAGUACCUGUGUGAGCAAUAAUGAUGCAAGUGAGUGUAUUUCACCAUCGGAGAAGAGUUCCAAGCCCGGCAAAGAUGCCAAUGGCGACAAUCCCAAAGAUCAGAUGGAAGAUGGAAUCAAAUGCCUCAUAUGCAUGGUAAGCUUAAUUUUUAAUAAAAUUUCCAUGGAAGCUGCAAAAACUGGUGGAUAA